GUAAGGAAUAAUGUAAUUAGUUGGAGAAGAAACAGGGGUAUGAGUGUGAUUUAAGAAUGCCAGAUUCAUAAAAUGUGCCAAUUGUUUUUAAAAUAAGAUGGUGAAUGUUUCCAUACCUCCUCCUCGUCUUUCUCAGCCUUUCCAAAAGCUACAUAAUACUAUUUAAUGACAACUUAUAUUUUUCAAAAAAGAAUUGUAACAACAAUCAUAAUAUUAAUUGCUAUUUAGCUGAAUAAUCCAUAAAUAUGACAGUUGAACACCUUAGAAAGCUUUUACAAAGUUAUGAUUUUGAAAAUUCCGGUGAUUUAAAUAAAAUUGAAUGGACAAAACUAUGUUCAAGUUCAACAAUCAAUUUAUCCAGUGAAUUAUCAUCAACAUUAUUUAAUGAACUUGAUACAGACAAAGAUGGAUUAAUUAAAAUCUCAGAUAUAUUACAAGAAUUACAAAUAUGGGAAACAAUGAAUCGACAAGGUGGGAGUGUUGAUCAGAUCAAUACGAUUGAGGAUAAUAAUAAUAAUGAUGUUACAGAUGAGUUGAUUGGACGAAAUCUGGAUGACAAUGAUGAAAAGCUAAACAUGAUAGAACAACAGAUAAAUUUCAGCAGUAUAACAAGGUCAGUGAUCUUGGAAAGACGAAAACACAAGUGUUCAUUGAUACCGUCGGAGAUAAAUUUACAACUAGAAGGAAAUGAUCAAUGGAUGCCUAAAAAAGAGACUACUUCAGACGGAUCAGAAGUGUUUACUGCAACACCUAUCCUCAGAACGCCAAGGUACAGCAGUGUCUGUGAAUUAGAAAAUGUGAUAACACAAAACUAUCCAGAGUUAAUAAGUCCAUUUAAAAUUGUCCUAGAAGAUUUUCGUAAAGAUUUAUUACAAACAAAAAGAGAAAAGACAAAAUUAGAAGAAACAUACAUGAAAGAAAAGGCUGCACGUAAAAAUGAUCUGGAUCGAUUAGAAGGUGAACUUGAAUCUCAGAUUAAAUCAAUAGAAGAACGCGCCAAAUCUGAAGUGCAUCAGAAACUACAAAAUGAGUACAGAGCACUUGUAUGUAACAAAGAGCAAGAAAUUACAGAGAUUCGGGAACAAGUUGAGACAUUAAGACGUAAAAUUAAUCACCACAGUACUGUUAGUUGUGAUUCAAUGAAUACUUCAAUUACAAGUAAAACGUGUACAGAGGUGAUUGAUACAUCGAACUGUUACUAUACACAGCCGAAGCCGUCUACAAUCACAUCAGAUUAUUAUCAUCAAAACAGAAAUGAGGAUGCAGAACAAAAAUUGUAUAAAAUAGAAUUGGAGAGUGUUUUAUCCGCUUUGAUUCAAAGAGAAGCAGAGUUGAGAACACUUAAAGAUCAGCUGGCAAAACAAGAAGCCCAAUUAACAAUAGAUAAGCGUGAAUUAAUCAAUCAGGAAGAAGAGAAACAAAAUCUAUAUUCCCAGUUGAAUGUUAUGAGAACAACAAUGGAACGCUUGAAUCAAACAAAUGAUUAUCUGUGUACAGCUCUACAUCAUGGGUCAUUUAGCCGUAGGAGUAGAAAUUCACCAUCCUGUGCCUUUUCCGAGUUUAUGGAACAGAGUGAUAACAACGAAGGUAAUGCGCUUACUUUUAGACUGUCUUCUGGCAACACUUUUCCUCUUGAACCUUAUGAAUUUGACAGUUUAGAGAAGGUUCUACCCCAGCAACAGCAACAUGAUCAUCGUCCACAUCAUGAUAAAAAUUCAAGUUUCGAUUUAGCCUGUCGACAAUCCGACUAUUCAAGCGAGAAUGUGAGCAGUGUUAGUGCCUUCAAUUAUGAGAAGAAUAAUUUUUACUCAGUGGAUAACAAUAAUGAAGAGGUAGAAAGUGAGUUGGGAGGAAGUAAAAACCAACAACACGUCUUGUCUGCAUCGUUUACACCAACGCGUAUAUUCAAAGUGAUAAUGGUUGGGGACUCAGGUGUCGGUAAAUCCAGUUUCUCUUAUCGAUUCUGCGAUGGAGUAUUUUAUCCUCAUCUAAGAGCAACUUUAGGAGUUGAUUUUCGAACAAAAAAUAUUCGAAUGAAUAAUUCAGUUUACACUAUUCAAUUAUGGGAUACUGCAGGACAAGAAACGUAUCGUUGUAUCAUCCGUUCGUAUUUCCGCAAAAUCGAUGGUGUGAUCUUGAUGUAUGCCGUCAACCAAACUGAAACAUUUGCAAAUAUCAAGUACUGGAUGGAGACAAUAAAAUUGUACUCCAACUCAUUAGGUGAAUAGUAAAACGCUGACUAUGGCACGUGGUGGACCCGGGCUCAGUCAAUCAAGGUCGUUAGUGCGCACCACUGAGGAGUCACAAACUAAGACGAAACAGCCAACCAGCGACUUCAAGUUUUCAGUGCUGCUUCAAUUCAUGUUAAUCCACGAUGUAAAUGCCAUUCAACUGAAUAACAGCCAAUUCUUUUCAAUGUUCAGUCUAACUAAUUGCUUACUACUGUGCAUUUUCGGUUUAUUUUUAUUUCAAAAAAAAAGGAAUGUACAAGUGAUAUUCAUGUUCCAGUUCUUCUUGUUGGCAAUAAAAUAGACUUACGUGACGCACAAGCUAAAGAUGAAAUUGGACAAGAUGAGAAUAGCCAGAAGUUGUGCGACAUGAUCUCAUAUGAAAUGGGUGAUAAACUAGCCAAAUUACAUCAAGUAUUGUUCAUUGAAACUAGUGUAUUAAGUAAACAUAACGUUACUGAGGCUAUUGAACUGCUGACAAAAGAAAUGAAGUUAACUGAAGAUAACCAAGUCGCAGUUGUCACACUCACUUCUUCCCUGAAUAGAAUGACCACUGACAGUAAACAAGGAGCAAACAAAACAACAGGCUGUUGUCGAUAAUAUACAAAUUUGAUCACAGUCACACACACAAUGUACAUUUAAUUAUUUGUAUAUUUCAAGAAAACAUUAUACACUACAUUCCGAUUUAUAUCAACCACACAAAGGAAUGUGCUAAUUGGGAAAGAGUAGGAUGUUGAUAAUUUCCACUACAUCGAACUGAUUCACCUAGAUAGGUGUUAUCUCCUGGUUUCUUCAUCAUUCUGUACGUGCCUGUCUCUCUAUCCAUCUACCUGUCUAUCUAUCAAUCACUCAUUUGAUCGUUUCUUUGUUUCCUUGCUUCGGUCACACACACAUACAUAUACACGUUUUCAAGGCGAAGUAUCAUCAAAAACAAAAUUUGUUUAUCCAACAGAAAAACAAAAAUUAAAUAGCGAAAGUAAAUGAAGUCCCAUUUUUAUAUCAUUGUUGACUUCCUCAUUGCCCUAGUACCUUCCAUAAUACAUCAGUUCAUUUAUUCCCUGUUUCUAUUAGCAUUAACUGUAUCAUUUAUCGUCAUUUGUAUCGAAUUAUAUGUUAGGCAUUGUGCAGACACUUCACUUGCAUAAUCAAUAAUCCAUAAACACAAAACAACACCAACGGUUACACCUACAGUGGGAAAUUCAUUUGUCCUUUAUCUGUGUUUACGUGUCCGUAUACCUAACAAGUUAUCCUGUUUCUGUUUUAAAACACACAUCCCCGGUUUUUAUAAACUUUAAUAUUAAAGUAAUAUAAUUAUGUUUCAAGUCCUUUCGU